AUGUCUUUCAACUCGUCAGAUGUUCCUUCUACAUUAUAUUCACUUGUCGAUGAGCAAGGUGGUGGGAUACUGUCUCCAUGGAUCAAAUACGCAAGAUCUUCUGGUGAUUAUAGUAUCCUCGAAGAAUACUUGGACACAGCAGUGAAAUCUUACCUAUACAAUGGCGGAAAAGGGAAACUCGUGCCAAUUUCGCAACUUGUCACUAUCCGGAACAAACAGAGAAACGCAUUGUUAGGAGCGUUGCGUAGGAAAAAGGGAAGAGGAAAAAGUGGACCUAAUAUUCUGGAACACAUUGACCAGGAUGCCUUGUCCUCCGGAGAUUUUUUGAAAGCUUUGAAAGUUUUGGAUGGUGGGAUGAUAAAAGGAAGGAGAAGUUUCAAGUACAGAGAGUUGGUUUGGGAUAUGGAUCAGAGAGGCCGCCUUGGAGAAAAUCUACUACACGUAUGUAUGCUGCUCAACACUGCAGACAUGAACGAGCUUGUCAAACAAAUGACCUACCGGUUUCCCAAAAUCGUUAAUGACAUUUUUCUGUCUGAGGAGUAUUACGGACUAUCUCCAUUACACCAAGCAAUUGUGAAUGAGGAUUUGGAAAUGGUUUAUUUUCUAUGUAGAAAAGGUGCAGAUGUUCAUCAGAGAUGCUAUGGCUCAUUCUUCUGUGCCGAUGAUCAAAAAGCUUCCCGAACGGAUUCAUUGGAACACGAAUGGGUUGAUCUGGUACAAAACACUAAGUAUAUAGGACAAAUGUACUGGGGCGAGUACCCAUUGUCAUUCGCGGCGUGUACAAACCAAGUGGAUUGCUUUCGGCUUCUUCGCGCAAUGAAAGCCGAUCCCAACAUGCCUGAUACCAAUGGAAACACUGUUCUUCACUUGACAGUAAUCCAUGAUCUACCAGAGAUGUUUAUGUUGGCUGUGGAACUUGGAGCGAAUCUUCAUGUUCGGAAUAAUCUUAAACUGACUCCACUUGCUCUCGCAGCUCGUCUGGCUAAAAAACAGAUAUAUGAUUUGAUAUUAGAAUGUGACAUGGAUAUCUCAUGGAGGUAUGGACCAGUUGUUUGCAAAGCGUAUCCAUUGAAUGACGUGGACACCAUCAAUGAAAGUGAUGGUUCGCUGAACCCGAACUCAGUCAUUGCAAAUGUAGUUUACGGAGACAAGGUGGAGCAUUUGGAGUUUUUUGAUGGGCUCAUAGAGGAAGUGUUGGAGAGCAAGUGGCAGACGUUUGGCAAAAAACAACUUUUUAUGUCACUAGCUGGGUACAUUUAUUUCCUCGCGGUGUUCUAUCUGGCUUUCAUGACCAGAGAUGCACAUGUUCUUCCAAACGAGCAGAAUGAGGAAGAUGAAAUCAUAGAAGCCGACUAUUCCAAUUACACAGAAGUUCUAAGCGCAGGGUUGAGUCUAAGAGAGCACCUGGCAAUUGCAAGACUAGCAGAAAGGAAUGUGCUCCCAGCUCAUUGCCACCUUUGGGACUAUUCUGGACCAUCACAACAGAUCCGGAUGAUCAGUGAAGUACUAUGUCUGUUUGCGGUUGUUGUUAGAACAUUCAAAGAUUGUAUUGAUGCGCAAAGAACUGGAUUCAGUAGAUGGUGGAAUUCGAUAAAAGCCUUCCCUGAAAAGGUUCUCCACAAAUUCUGCCAAAUCCUUGUUAUGUGUACAGUACCCCUCCGUGUUGGAUGUUACCUGGAUGAUAGUUUCUUAGUCAUUGAGAACUUCAUAGUUAUCGGAAUAGUCAUAAUGAGUACAUUUCAUUUCUUGUUUUAUUGCAGAAGUCUCAAAUUUGUCGGACCAUUUGUUUUGAUGGUGUACAAAAUUAUUGUCAGGGACAUGCUCCGAUUCCUCCUUAUCUACUCUUUCUUCCUUAUGGGCUUCGCGCAAGCAUUCUUUGUCAUUUUCAAAUCAUGCGAACGUGCGGAAAUAGUCUACCGCGAAAAACAUAACUAUACCGAUGACGAAGAAUUCGAAAACAUUAUGGAAGAUGGCGUGGAGGCUGUCAUGAGAAUGUUCAUUAUGAGUGUUGGAGAGUUUGGUGCUCUUUAUAAGAACUUAAAUGAAUGUAAAAGUAGUAUUGCACCACAGUCGAAGUGGGCUCAAGUGAUAUUAAUGCUGGAGCAGUCGUCUUCUGCUUCCGAACGUCUUCUGUCGCUUUAUCGGUACACUCGUCCAAUUCGAUCGGAUAAAAGGAGAAGAGCCUUUGUUGUGAAGGAACGCCAACAACCACAAUUCAAACUAAUCGCUCCACGUGGAAAACCAUCUAUUCGACUAUCCAACAACAGCUCCAUUCAUGUUUUACACGUUUUAUCAAAAAACCCUUGA